AGUUAUCUUCGUGAUUAACAGACACGAUGCGUCUCACAACAGGGCCCACUUCGGCCGCGAGCCACGCGCAGGCAGCAAAGACCAAGGGUCUUCGCGGAGUCGCGCCUGCUCCACGCACAGUGGGCGCUCCGAUCUUUUCUGGUGUGGUCAGCGAUUCGGUGCAAGCAUCGACCUCGGCCCAGUCUUCGCAGCCUGCGUCGCGCGCCAGUGUCCGUGCCAGCGCUUCAAAGACCGCUUACCCUCCUUCUUCACGUGUGAUUAACACGGAGGCACCGACGGACGUUGAAUACGAUGCAGUCAUCGUGGGUGGUGGUAUGGGUGGCUUGGCCACCGCGGCUCGCCUGGUGGCCAAGGGCGCCAAGGUGGUCGUGCUGGAGAAGUACCUGCUUCCUGGCGGCAGUGCGGCGCACUUCAAGCGGGAGGGCUACACCUUCGACGUGGGCAGCAGCAUGAUGUUCGGCAUGGGCACCGAGGGCACCACCAACCUCAUCACCAAAUGCCUGGAGUCCGUGGGCAAGAAAAUCGAGACGGUGCCCGACCCCACCCAGGUCGUGUACCACCUGCCCAAGUCGGAGCGCUUCCCCAAGGGCCUGGAGGUGGCUGUGUGGCGCAAGUACGAGGAGUUCAUUGACGAGCUGGCCGCCAAGUUCCCACACGAGCGCGAGGGCAUCAAGAAGUUCUACGACGAGUGCUGGCGCAUCUUCGACAGCCUGAACGUGCUUGACCUCAAGUCUCUGGAGGAGCCGCGCUACCUGCUGGGCGAGUUCGCCAAGCAGCCGCUGGCCUGCCUCACGCUGGCGUCCUUCCUGCCCACCAACACAGGAGACGUGGCGCGCAAGCACAUCAAGGACCCGGAGCUGCUCCGCUUCAUCGACAUCGAGUGCUUCAUCUGGUCCACGGUGCCCGCCGACCUCACGCCCAUGAUCAACGCCGGCAUGGUGUUCUGCGACCGCCACUUCGGAGGCAUCAACUAUCCGGUGGGCGGCGUGGGCCGCAUCGGCGAGGAGCUGGCGGCAGGCAUUGAGGAGUACGGCGGCAAGAUUGUGUACAAGGCCAACGUGAAGGAGAUCCUGCUCAGUCCGCAGCCCGACGGCAGCCAGCGGGCCACCGGCGUCAGGCUGGCAGACGGCCGCGUGUUCAAGGGCAAGACCGUCAUCUCCAACGCGACCCGCUGGGACACGUUCGAGGGCCUCAUCGGCAAGGACAAGCUGCCCGAGAGCGAGCAGCUGUUCAGGAAGCGCUUCAAGAAGUCCCCCUCCUUCUUCUCCAUCCACAUGGGUGUCAAGGCACAGGUGCUGGAGGGCGAGAAGGACUGCCACCACAUCGUGCUGGAGGACUGGGCCAAGAUGGAGAAGGCGCGCGGAGUGCUGUUCGUGUCGCUGCCCACGGUGCUGGACCCCUCGCUGGCGCCGCCCGGCAACCACAUCGUGCACGCCUUCGUGCCCGACUGGAUCGAGGACUGGCAGGGGCUGUCAGUUGAGGAGUACGAGGCGAAGAAGGAGGCGGUGGCGGACGACAUCUGCCGCCGCCUGGACGCCAUCCUGCCAGGCCUGUCAUCCAACAUCACCUUCCGCGAGGUGGGCACGCCACGCACGCACCGGCGCUUCCUGAACCGCGAGGACGGCACGUACGGCCCCAUCCCCUCGCGCCGGCCGCUGGGCAUGCUGUCCAUGCCCUUCAACACCACCGACAUCCCCGGCCUCUACUGCGUGGGAGACUCGGCCUUCCCCGGCCAGGGCGUGAACGCGGUGGUGUUCUCGGGCUUUGGCUGCGCGCACCGCGUGCUCACGGACCUGGGCCGGGAGCCCGCCUGGCCCGUCAUCGACAAGGCGUUUGGUGCACUGCUGCGCACCGUGCGCAACGCGUCGUAGGGAGGCCGUAGGCAGGACGUAGGAAUAGGGAAGGGAGGCUGGGAUUGGGAGGCAGGGAUUGGGAGGUAGGCAUUGGGCUUGGGGUACAGGAGGGUACAGGAAGGGUACAGGAAGACUUAGGAGGUAGGAACAAUGGAAGGGAGGUGGCAGGCAGGCAGGCAGGCCGGUGAUGGCAGGACGUUGGCGUGCCGCCCUCGGCUGCACGCAUGUGUAUGUGUGUGCGUGUUUCAGCGCCUAGGACGGGCACAUGCAUAUGGCGGGUGGGCGCUGCAAUGUGAGCUAAUGAGCUACAGCACGCGUGAUAAUGAGCAGGGGCGGCCUUGACAUAUGAGAACAGGUGGGCCCGGGAGCUCUGACGACGUUGGGGAGGCAUGCCAGCGAGGCGAAGGCGGUCUGUGUGCACGCCAUUAUAGCAAUGGAAGGGCGCAAAGUCGGGAAAAACAUCUGGCAUGCCAGUUUUGACGUGUGUUGGCAUGUUCGGAAAGAAAAAAGGCCCACGCGCAGUGAGGUGAAUGGAUGUCGGGGGAGCGGUGAGAAGGCGCGAAGCUUGUAAUUCCGGAAUGAG